AUGAGUCCUGCGGCAGCAAACGCUCUGGUUGUCUUGGUUGCUCUCACUCUACACACGUUGCCUGAAGUUUCAAGUUGUUCGUCAGGAUGGACUCUCAGUGGAAGUAGUUGCUAUCGCCGUUUCAAUACGAAGAAAACGUGGGAUAAUGCUGAAGCUGAUUGUGUCAAUAGAGGCGGACAUCUCGUAUCUAUCGGGUCAUUCAGUGAAAAUACUCUGGUGUAUGACAUAGAAGGAAGCAACAACAGGGAGAACGUUUGGAUUGGAAUAAACAAAGAUAGGUCAAGCAAAUUUUGGAGUGAUGGUACAAAUAUUUCAUACAAACGUUGGGAUAACGAUGAUCGACGACGACGACGACGCGACGACGACGAAUGCGUAAUAAUGCGUGGUAAAAACGGUAAAUGGGACUAUAAGGAGUGUGAUGAUGAUGAUGAUGAGUAUUACUACGUUUGUGAAACAUCAGCCCCGACUACCAACCCUCCUACUACUAUUGUAUCUUCAGUGCAAAUAUCUACCGCACCGUCAACCACUGUUGCAGCCACUACGGAUCGUUCUACAACCAGAAAUCCCACCACGUCUGCCUCAAUUACAACGCAAUCGACGUCAGUAGCAACGACAGUUGUAUCACCGACUACUGCUGAAGGCAGCACACAGUUAGUGUUUACUACAGUUUCCACGUCUGCUCCGAUUACAACGCAAUCUACGUCAGCACCAACAACCGUAUCAUUGUCAACUACUGCUGAAGGCAGCACACAAUUGCCUACCACCACUUCUACGUCUGCUUCAAUUACAACGCAAUCAGCGCCAACAACUGUAUCAUUAUCAACUACUGCUGAAGGCAACACACAAUUACCGACCAGAGUUUCUAAGUCUGAAUCCAGUAGAGCACAAGCAACUACGUCAGUAUCAACAACUACCUCACGACCAACUACUGCUGAACCCAGUACACGACUGCCUACCACAACUACCCUGUCUGCGUCACUUUCAACACAAUCCGGUUCAACAUCAAAACCUAUUUCAACUACUGUGGAAGGUAUCACACAAUCGCCUACCACCACUUCUCCGUCUGUAUCAAUUGCAACUACAUCAGUGCCCACAACCGUUUCACGUCCAAACACUAUUGAAGUCAGUACACAAUCCAGAGAGGCUACAAGAUCAACAACCCGUAUGUCAAGAACAACGACUGCUCGCGCUGGUGACGCUCUUUCUACACCGAUUCGUUCAACAACUUUGUUCCCUGUCUUGCCUCGUCGUUCUACAGAGGCUAUGGUCACGGAACGUAAAUUCACGUCACAAAUACACGCAACACAAAUUUCUAGGGUCAGCAAUUCCAUCCAGUCAACGUUAGCCACAACUCGUGAAACAACUACACAACCGACUGCAAAUCUAAACGUGAAUAUAAUAGCAAAUGAAGCAAAAUCGAGUUCUUCAAAUACCACAAUGUACGCAGCAGUUGCUGCUACAAUUGGAGUUAUUGUUUUAAUCGUGUCUGUAAUUCUUGCUCUUCUCUUCUGGAGAAGAAAAGCAAGCAAGAUGGAGUCCGAGACAUUUAACUCACAUUUGGCAGAAAGACCAUACGCAGGCAGCGUGGUUGCGAAUACUACAAAGUCACAUGCUCACUUUACUAAACGCGGAUCAGCAAUGGACGUAAGUGUCUACUGUGAUCCUACAACAGCAAUGAUGAAGAAACCAACAAGAGCAUCAACCCAGAAUGCAAGUAGCUCUGUUCAUAAAGGUACAACGACAGGCGCUCAUUUUACUAAACAGGGAUCAUCAAUGGACGUAGAAGUAUACUGUGAUCCUACCACUUCAAUGAUGAGGAAACCAAGACGAGCAUCAACUCCAAAUGCAGACAGCAUUGUUCAUGGAGGCACGACAGUAGGCGUCCAGUCUACUAAGCGCGGAUUAACAACGGACGUGGACGAAUAUUGUGAGCCUACAACAGCAAUGAUAAAGAAACCAACACAAACGCCAACUGAUUUGCUUGAAGGUGAGGAUGGAUAUCUAGCCUGCGCUCUUAUAGAAAAAUUUACAAAAGAGAGACAAGAGAAAAUGCCACUUGGUUUCUCGAAUAUGUCAUAUGACACGCAGAUUGGGUUGCUUGUUCCAGAUGACAUCCCAAAGAAGCUAAACAUAUCUACAACUUCACCGAGUGCAAGCAAUGAUAAUGAUGAUGAAUAUUGGGAACCAGCCUCCACGGAACGGGAACUUUACGGUCAACUCGAAGGACGGCGAUUUAGAAAGAUCGAUAGAAAUGACGUCACCAACAGGAAGACGAUCGGAUCAGGAGAAUUUGGCGUUGUAGAGAAAGCAGUGUGGAAAGUGAAUGAUAGAGAAAAGCUGGCUGUGGCUGUCAAGACUCUGACAAAUGAAGCCAAUGCCAAUGACCGCGUCAAAUUUCUUCGUGAAGCAGCAAUUAAUGGUCAAUUUCAUCAUCAGAACGUCGUUCGUCUUCAUGGCGUUGUGACCGUUGGAUUUCCAACAAUGUUAGUUUUGGAAUACAUGGAAAAUGGUGAUCUCAAGCAAUAUCUUGAACAACAGAGAUUGAAGCGUAGCGGACAGUGUUGCCUUUCGAGCUUUAGCAAAACCUUACUGAAAAUGUGUCGUGAUAUCGCAAAUGGAAUGGAAUAUUUUGCACGGAAGUCUUUCAUUCACAGAGAUUUGGCUGCAAGAAACAUUUUGCUGAACUCAGAGCUGACUUGCAAGAUUGCAGACUUUGGCAUGACACGCGACGUGUCUGACGACAACUACUACGUGACAAAAGGCGGGAAAGUCCCAAUAAGAUGGUGUGCUCUUGAGACUUUGAAUUAUAAACGAUAUUCGUCUGCCAGUGACGUGUGGAGCUAUGGAGUUGUCCUCUACGAAGUGUGGUCAGUGGGUCAACGUCCUUACGGUGUAAUGAAAAACAACGAGUUGAUGAAGAAGAUAGCGAAUGGGUAUCGCCUUCCUCCCCCUCCGGGAUGUUCUCGUUUCCUUUAUCAUCUCAUGAUUGAUUGUUGGAAUCCUGAUCGCUAUGAAAGACCGAGUUUUGGAAACAUUGUGCAGAGGCUUCGGGAAGCUGACGAGUUUCUUUUGACUAACAGAAAAGAAGAGGAGGCAAUUAAAGGAAAACUCGGAGACAGGUUGGACGUGUCAGAAAACUGCUACACAGACUUGCAACACGUUUAUGCAAAAUACUGAAUGUGAAACUGGUGCGCAAUGUGUGAAAAUAUUGCAAAAUUUUGCUAUUUUAGCUAAUUAGCUGGCUGAUUAAUGGGCACCAAAACUAGUUACUGCACUAUUGGUAUUGUAUCUACAAUUGGACAUUAUCAAGUUGAAUGAAUUGUAUGUUUGUAGCUUGACGAUUAGCUUGAUGUUUGCUAGAAAAAUUGCAUUUCAAGACAACCUAU